AUGGGGGGGGGGGGGGAGAAAAAAACCUCCUGGAUGAAACUCAUACAUACGCUUUAUUUUAUUUUGCUGUUCUGUUCUGCCGCCUUUCCCGUCUCUUAGCAAUUAAUUGAUUCUCUGCUCAGUAGGUUUGGAGAUGAUUCCAACCCGUUUUGCUGUGUUUUGCAGGCUUGCUGGGUGCGAUCGCUGGGCGCAGCAAGGAGUGGGAGGCUCCGUGUGCACGAGGAGCCGGGCAGCAUGGCUGCUGCGAGGCUGUGGCUGUGCAAUGGGAAGAAGGGGACUGCAGGAGCAAAGCCGCUGCAGGGCAGAGAAGCUACAGCAUCUCAGGCGUCCUGCAAAAGUGAAGAUGUCAUUGCAGCUGAGGAAGUCAGAGCCCUCCCUGAUCUUGUUGAGGUUGCAGAGGAAAGCAGGCAAAACCUCUUGGAGCUCGUGUCAGAACGCCGGCGCAGCCGCCACGAUGCAGCACUGACCUCAAUGCACCACGAGCUUGCUCGUGUCUCCAGGGAAAUGGAGCCCUUUGUUUUGGAGCCUGGAAAACUGCUUUUGACGAAACUGAUGGAAUCUGAUAGAAAAAUGGAGGUUCUUCUAACAAAGAUGGAGCUCAAGGGCACUCCUGAAGGCUUUUCUAUUGAGGAUUUGGAAGAACUGUGGGCAACCAUUCAGCAGGAAUCCCUGACCAGAAAGGAGUGGAUUCGGGAAUGGGAUGAAACCUUAAAGAAGGUGGAACAGAGCCGAGCUGACAAAAUAACAGACGUGCUGAGGAAGUAUGCUGCAAAGCUGGAGGGAAUUUCCUUCUUCUUGUCAGCCGAUGUGCACAGGCUCAUUAAUGACGAGGCCAUGAUGAUUAACAGAGCGUUGUUGGCGAAUCAGAGGGCAAUAGCCAAGCUGUUCUUUAAUCUGAUGAAAUCAGAGAUGAAAAGGGAAUUAUCACUUCAAUGGAAGUGGCGAGAUAAAGUCAAGGACUGGAGGCUCAUCCAAAAGAACCGCAUCGUUCAGAGCUUCAGAGAAUUUAUGGCAAAGGAAGAAAUACAGAAUCCCCAAACGGUGGAAACAGAAAAGGGAAAUAUGAUGAACGGUCAGAUUCUGCUUAAUGAACAGAGGCUGGAAUGGCUGCAGCAUCUAAUGUAUGACUGAAGGGAUGAUCUGUUGCCUCCAAAGAGCACACGAGCUGAGAUUGAUGAGUGGUACAACUCCUUGGUGGAUUUAAACAGAAGUAUAGAUGCCCACAAUAUGCAGUGCACAAUGAAAAUUCGUGCCCAGUAUGAGAGUGUCCAGCAAAAAUGUUUGGCAGAAGCAGAGCUGUGCAAGAUUAACCUGUUGAAUCUGAAGGUAUGCACACAAAAAGAGGCUGAAGAAGUGGUGGCUUCUGACUUGCUUCUGUUGACUGAGAAACUGCGUUGUUGCUUUGAAGAAGAACUGGAGCAUCUGGUUAGAGGCUUUGAAGAGGUGGCUAAGCACAAUGAGCAGAACUGCAGAGACCUGUACAGCUACUGUCAGGAGGCCAAUGUUCUGUGGGACUUCCAUCAGCUCAAACUGUCCCAGCAGGAAGGUGAACUGCAGAAGAAAUUAAAGGAAUCCAAAUGGAAACAGGAUAAAUCCAUUCAGAGGAUGGAAACUAACCUGGAUAUCAUUUUGGAUAAAAUGAGAACAGCGAGCUCUGAGAAGAAGCUGAAGAAAUCUUUGGAGAAUGCCUGUUCUUGUUUGGAUGGCAUCAGAGCUGGGUAUGAAGCAUCCAACAAAGUUCUUAUGGAGAAAGUCACGAGUUACCCAGAAGCCAUUUUACAGGAACUGAUUUCUUACAGUGAAUCCCUCAGCCAAUACUUUAAUGUAAAAGAAACCUUCAAACAGAACUUGGAAGGAAAGAUAGACUCCACAUUUCCAGGUCGAGAUGAGGUUUUGGAUGCUGAAAAUCAGGGGGAGCAGCAAACUGAGAACGUUCUGCAGGAAAAUGAAGAAAAGCAAAAGGCUGAGAGCUCUCAGCAACAGAAUGAAGAAACAGAUAUUCCUGAGAACGAGGAGGUCUUUGCACAGGAAAGUGAAGAAGGGGAGGAACAAGAAGACAAGAGCAUUUUUCAAGGGAGUGAUGAAGCAGGGGACACAGAACAGAGGAUGAGCAUUUCACAAGAUACGUUCAACAGCAGCAGGGUGGAAAUCUCUGAAUUCACUGUUGAGACCUUUUCCACUUCCAGUGGAAACACCUACACUGUUCUUGGAGCUGAAGAGGCAGGGAAACCUGAUGUCCUGGAGUCAUUUCUUACAAAAUAUGAUGAAAAAGGAUCCCUUCCUAUGUGCUUGGAACAUGCAGUUAUCAAAGAAACGGUGUUUGUGGAGCUGAAGAAAAGGAUUCGCCUCUCCUUCUUUGAACACUUGGAGAAGUGGUUUGCAGAGUCCUUAUCCAACUCAUGGGCCACUGUAGAUGCCAAGAAAGAAGAGCUGGGUUCAGAACUUCAGCAGCAUCUUCUCUCGUGUGAACUGAGGCGGGAGAAUAUAGAGACAAAUAUCUCCAAUGUCAGAGCUGCUGAACUGUUACUUCAUGAAAAGCACCUGGAGUGCCACUGUGAUGAGGUGGAAGAAGCUCUGAAGAAGGAGAGAGCUGAAUUCCUCAGAUUUUGCGAUCAGCAAAAUGACAGCAUCCAAAACUUGGACUCUCGGAUCCGUGACAUGGAAUCAGCAUUCCUCAGGUCUCCUGUGGCUGAGAGCAGCAGUGUGUGCCCAGACCUCCUUCAUUACCUGGAUGUCAUCCGAGUUUCCCUGAGGAGUUAUCAGAACUAUCUGGAGGAAAACUUGGGAAAAUUAAGAGAUUCAAAUGUGGAUUUUCUCAAAGGCUGCAGGUUAUUCGUGGAGGGAGGCAAUUUUUCUCCUGAGGAGGCGCAGUCUUUCAGUAAGCGUCUUCAGAAAGAAAGCAAACAUAUUGACUCUUUUGAGAGGUUAAUUGUGGCUGAUAUGGAGAAAAUGGAAUCGAGGUGCUUGGAGCAGGCUACUGAAAUUAUCAACCAGGCUGAAACAAGGCUCCGCUGUCUCUCUUUGAAUCGAGUCUUUAUGGAGAAGAUCCAACGGCUUCUGACAAAUCUACGGGUGCAAAUCAAAUCCGAGGUAGCAAAUUCCAAUUUGCAGGCAGCAGCAUUAAAAUCCUGCCUGGAGAAGCUCCAUGCUUUUGCUCAUCCUACAGCAGAUAAAGAAGCUUUGACUUCUGAAGAGUUGUAUGACUUUAUCAAAGUUGUGCUGAAAGAACUGAAGGCAAGGAGCCAGUACCUUGAUUGCCUGCUAGUGGACACAACAGGACCACGUGAUAAUGAGCGCUUCGCCCCUCCUGCAGCUGAGGUUACGUUACAAGGUCCCAUUGCUGCUGCCAUUCGAGUGGAGCACAGACUGGUGAUGAUGGGGCUGGAUCCUGGCAGAUUUCCUUUGUUAAAUCCGAGCAGAAUGGGAAAAUCUGCAAUUGAUGAUUUAUCAGUAAGCGUUAUUAAAAACUUACUCGAAGUUCAGUCAUCCAGGAGAAAAUCAUCAGGCCAACAUCAGGACAGCAGGGGUUCAUUGGAACCAGGUAAAUACAAAGCAACUCUUACCACACAGAGGAAGAAUUCUCACUUAAAUGUAUCUGAUGAAGGCCCUCGGAGCUCUGCUGCUCACAAGCACGCAGCUCGGAGCAUCCAGAAGCCAGCUACUAAAAAAAGGGCAUCAAGAGGAAGCAUGCAGAAAUGCACCAAAUCCGUUCUCAGUGACAAGAGAUUCCAGAUAUUUGGGGAGAUGCCUCCUGAAUUGAAUACUUUUAAAGGGAUUGUUAUGAAAAUUCUCUGGAUGGGUAAUAACAACUUGCUCUGUCUUGCUGAGGAGUUCUACCACAAAGAGAAGCAUCAAACCACAAUGCCUGAAGAUUUGCCAGAGACAUUUGAACGUUUUGCAGAAGUAAUCAAACAGACUCUGCUGUCAUAUCAAAGUCAGAUAGAUGAUUACUACAAUUCCUGCCUUAAAGAAUUUUGGGAUCAGUUGAAGUCAUUUGAAGAGGAACUCCCUUAUGUCUCCCAGUUGGCAGUUGAUGGUCUUUUAAAGGAACACGAACAGAAGCUCAGCUAUGCCACCAGUAACAUUGAGCACUCCUUCAAUCAGCAGCUGGAGGACUGGAGGAGCGUGAAGGCUGCACGUGAGAAUGAAUUACGUCCCUCUCUGGGACAUCCAGACAACUUGCUGCAGCUGGAGGCUUUGUGCCAGCGGGAAUCAAAAGAGCAAAAGGACCACGUUGAUGCUGUUCACCUCCACACUCGGAUGCUUCAGGACUGUGCUGCUGAGUGCACACAGAACUUCGUUUUGGCUCUGGCUGCCUUCACAGAAAAGCUGCUGCUGGAAUUAGAUGAAAGCAUUACUAUUGAUGACAUACAAGCACCAAAAACUGAAACACCGAAGCAGAAGAUAUCCUUCUUAAUUCAUCAUAAACAAGCUGGUCUUCCUCUACAGACCUGUGGGGCUGAGCAGUUGGUCAAACGUGGAAGGAGGACCUGGCCAGGAAUACCCAUGACCAAGCUUAUGGGCGAUUCAGACUGCAUUAUGGUCAGAGAAACGGCAUCAGUCACAACAGCAAAGACUACGCUGGGCCACACAGCAGCAGUGGAAGCAAGAGAUGCUGUAUAUAAGAAAUACAUAUGUAAACUUGAGCAGCAGUUAGCCCAGAUCAAGGAAGAAUGCACCUCUCAGCUGGUAACGAUUCAGCGUUGGGGAGAUUGGUGGAAGCAGUCCAUCCAGAAAAUUAAGCAACUGCAUACGUGAGAUCAGUCAAAUCUUGCUCAAAUGCCUGUGUUCUACCAAUAAAUAUCCUCUUCAACAUAAAAAGAAAUAAAAUUCCCAUGCUGCAUCUUUACUGGAGUGAUUGGGGGAUGUAAUUAGUUCAUAUGUGCCUUUUCAGCUGUUGUAGUUUGG